AUGAAUGCUUUAUUAGGUUACGGUUCAUCCUCAAGUGAUACCGAGGAAGAAAACACAGAGAGUGAAAAGUCUCAAAGCGAGAGUACAAAGCUCAAAUUACCAAAGCCGACGAUCGGGGAAAGUAGCCUACAAACUUCUGUUUUUUCCAAUCCAUUCGUGGAAGCAGAACUGGCAAAGGCUGCAAUACUUGAAAAGCAUGUUAAAAUGGUUCCAGGUAAAGACAACACACAGAUGAUAAAUGGCAAACGGAUAUGCUGGAACUAUCGGAAGGGCCGCUGUCGCUUCGGACACAACUGUAAAUAUGCCCAUGAUACAGACAUACAGAAGUCUAAUGAUGAGAUUGAAGCAGAAAAACAGAAACUGAAAUCAGUUGUAUGUGAAGGAGCUGGAACAAUGACUGCAGCUCCGCCGCCUAUAGCCGUCCUUGAGUCUGUCCUGCCCACAGAUGAUGCCGUCUGGGAGGGAGCCACAGAUAAAAAGAAACUCAAACGACCAGGGUUGAGCCAGACACUAGUGCCUGGCAAAAAAGUUAUUAAAAUGUAUAAAGAACAGAAAAUCAAAGAUAUUAAUAAAAACUAA